AUGCAGUUUACUACUAUCGUCGCUCUCCUUGCUUCCAGCGUUGCAGUCAAUGCCAUGCCAGGUGGUGGUGGCUGGGGCAAAACAACUUCCAGCUGCAUUACCAAGUCCACCUGCUCCGUGGCCACAGUUCCCUGGACUUCGGUCAUCACCAAGCCCGAGACCUCAGUCUCCACUUGUGUGACCAGCUCCCCAGUUACCCACACGACUGCUGAGAGUAGCGUUUACACGACCACCGAAUCCACCAACUCGGUCGGCUCGUCCCAACAGACGAUCUGGAGUACCGUCACCGAGACCAAUGUCUGGACGACCUGGACUGAGGUCUGCACCAAGCAACCAGUGGUCAAGACGAACACCUGGGUCAAGACCAAGCCUGUGGUCACCAAUGUCCCCUUCACUUCCACAGUCUAUGUGACUGAGACCAAGACUACCCAAGUCCCCAAGACUUACACCGACUACUCUGCCACAACCGACUACACGACCAUCACCAUUCAGAAGCCUUACACCACUACUGGCUACAGCACUGAGAGCAAGUGCAAGAGCACCACUUCUUGGUCUACCUGGGGUUGGUAA